AUGAAGAUGGCAACAAUUGAAGACUGGAAAAGUAUAAACUGGUGCAAAUAUCUCAAUAAUGUGUUGCCACAUAAUAGAAUUUCAUGGAACCCUAGGAACAACGACAUCUACUAUGCUGGACCACUUCCGUUCUUGCUUCUUCUCUAUCUACAUUCAAGUGAUUGUCAAAACAAAUACAUCAGCCGAAAAAUAAGACCAAUAUGCUACUGGAAUUAUGGAAAAAUUAAAUCAAGGCAAAACAUUGAAAAAGCACAACGUCCGUUAGGAUUGGUUAUAUUGGUUGAAGAUGUUGAUUUGAUACAAUAUAAAGAUGAAGAAGAUGUUUACUUGAUUGAAGAAAAAGGAAAAGGAAAACAAGUUGAAGAGUAUUCAUAUUCAGAAGAGAAUGAUCAAAUUGGUGCAGAGAAAAUAGCAGCAACGGCGUUGACGGUGACAACCGCCACGGAGGCUCUUCACAGGUUUUACUGGACAAACGAGACUUCACAAUCGAGCAAUAACCACAACCCACCCCAUACUUGCGACCCAGGAGAUGAAGCACACCAAAACAGCCUCUUCAGAAAGAAUGAAGCGAGCAACAAUAGCAGCAGCGACAGAGGAGGGCGUUCGUUCCAUCUUCGUCUUCUUCAUGGAGGGGAGCAGCAACAACAACCCCCGAUCAUUCCAGGCCUUGCAUCAGUGGUUCACAACUCAUCCUCGGUGAGUAACAAUUCUUCUUCGUCUGUUCGUGACUUUUCUGGCAGCGAGAUUGUAGUGGCGGUGCUCGGACUCGACUAG